GUCGUGCAGUCCUGUGCAGUUCAUUACAGAUUUAAAAUGGCUGUUUUUGAGACACUUCUGCAGUUUUCCAGCAGUGGUACAAUACUGGCUGCCUUGCUUGUGGUUUUGGUUUUAUAUGUGCUUUCAUCCAACUCCAAAUCUCACAAAGAAGGAAAAGAUCCACCAGGACCCAAACCACUUCCACUGCUGGGAAACCUGCUGACACUGGACCUGGAAAGACCUUUUGAUUCUCUCUGUGAGCUUUCUAAAACAUAUGGAAACGUAUUCCAAGUGUUUUUGGGUCCCAAUAAAUUUGUGGUCUUGACCGGAUACAAAACUGUUAAAGAGGCGCUCGUGAACCGUGCUGAAGAGUUUGGAGAUCGAGAUAUUCAACCUGGUUUCAAACUACUUUAUGAAGGAUGUGGGAUCAUCUUUGCCAAUGGAGAGAGCUGGAAAGAGAUGAGACGCUUCGCUCUGACUAACCUGCGUGACUUUGGGAUGGGCAAGAGAGGAUGCGAAGACAAAAUUGUAGAGGAAAUUCAAUAUCUGAAAGAAGGGUUUGAGAAGUUUCAAGGGAAAGCCUUCGAUACAACUCAACCCGUGAACUACGCUGUAUCAAACAUCAUCUCAUCUAUUGUGUACGGCAGCAGAUUUGAAUACACAGAUCCUCGCUUCACAGCAAUGGUUGACAGGGCAAAUGAAAACGUUCGGCUUGGUGGAUCUGUUUCUAUGCGGCUGUAUAACACAUUUCCAUGGCUGGGUCCAUUCCUGAACAGCAAAAGGGCUAUCAUAAGAAAUGCUCUAAAAAACAUAGAGUCAAUAAAACAGUUGAUAUCUGAGCUGUUAGAGACCCUGAAUCCACAGGACAGCAGAGGAUUUGUUGACUCCUUUCUCAUCCGAAAACAGAGUGACGAGAAAUCCAACAAGAAGGACUCACAUUUCAAUCAGGACAAUCUUCUUAUGUCUGUGGCAAAUCUUUUUGUUGCUGGUACUGACACUACAGGAACAACACUGCGCUGGGGUCUGAUGAUUAUGGCCAAAUACCCUCAUAUCCAAGAUCGAGUUCAAGAGGAGAUUGACAGAGUGAUCGGUGGACGUCAGCCUAUAGUGGAUGACAGAAAGAAUUUACCUUACACUGAUGCUGUGAUCCAUGAAGUACAGAGACUGGCCAACAUAGUGCCCAUGAAUCUACCACAUACGACCAGCUGUGAUGUGAACUUCAAUGGAUAUUUCAUCAAGAAGGGUACCUCUGUAAUUCCUCUGUUGACGUCUGUAUUAAGGGAUGAAAGUGUUUGGAAGAAACCACACAGCUUUUAUCCAGAACACUUUCUUGAUGAGAAGGGCCAGUUUGUUAAGAACGACGCUUUCAUGCCCUUUUCUGCAGGCCGCAGGAUUUGUCUAGGAGAGAGUUUGGCCAGGAUGGAGCUCUUUCUUUUCUUCACCUCCCUUCUUCAAACCUUUCGUUUCACUCCUCCACCCGGCGUGUCUGGAGAUGAACUGGAUCUCAAAGGAAUUGUUGGAAUCACAUUGAAUCCAUCACCACACAAACUGUGUGCCGUCAAACGCUCCUAAAUAUCGAUCCACACAUGGAUAUUUUUAGAACUGAUUUCACAAAAUGCACAUACAAAAACUGUAAAUAUGUAAAUAAUGGAAGAAAUUAUUAGCCAACAAUGUGCAAAGCUACUUUUAUUGUAUUAUAAUGCUUAUGCUUUUAGUUGAUUAAUUUAUAUUUGUUCCGAUAUUUUGCUAAAAGGCAAUUAUAAAGAAAAACAUAAACAAAUAAUACAUUUAUUAAACUGCCUUUGGUGAAUUUUGUAACUGUGACACAAGCUGAAUAGAAAACUGAAUUUAUUAAACAGAAUACCUCCAGUGAUCUACACCUCAGCUAAUGAAUAGACUUACUGUAUGUAAAAUCUGUGCUCAUAUGCAAAAAUAGCUUCAAUUAAAUAAAAGGACAAAAAUUA